GUUAUGAAAAAGGUGAUGAAAUCAACCCCUGCAAAGUGGAAGCCAACCUCUGGGAACAGGAUGGCAAUGAGGAAGAAAGGGAUGCAUUCAACAAUGCAUCCAAAAAUGAAAAGGGUGAGCUGACAGCCCUUUUCCUCAUGAGAAAGGAAGCUGCCAAGUUCUGCAAUGUUAGCAGGUCCAUUGGCACCAAGCAAGAGGUGACCAUGACAGAGCACUGGUUAUCAGAGAAAGAAGCCCUUGAAAAAUGGGGAGAUGAUUUGGAAAAACAUUGCGCCAGUGGCAGGGUGCAGUGGAGGCAGUGUAAGACAACUUGGGGAGCCUAUGAGUACAUGGACACACAGGACUACACAAAGACAACCACAGGAACAGCCAAAAGGAGCUGGACCCAAGGCCAGGAGUUCCAGCAGAAUGAGGGUGAAUAUGGAAGCUGGGACAACUUCUUGGAAAAGGAAGCACCCAAAGCACUUGAAGACUUGCCACCAGAUGAGCAGCAAGUUGAGUGCAUCAAGAAGCUCAAAAAAACGAGGGAUUUAGUGCAGCAAUGCAUGACAAACUAUGAAGAAGCACUUGAAAAAGUGAAAGGCAUGAAGUACCUCACAAAGCCUGCCUUCAGAGAGAAGGAAGCACAGCUCGCAAAGCUGGAAGCAACACUUGGGAAAGUGAAGAAACAACUUGCAAAAGGUGACAAGGGAAAGGUCAGCAUCACCAAAGAUGUCUUGAAAGAAGCUGUGGCCACCAUCUCAGAAGCCAAAGAGGAAGCCAAGGAGCUUGUCCAGAUCAUCAUGAAGACCCAAUCCAAAAGUUCCAGAAAGUGA